CCAAUUUUUUUGAAUAAAUCAUCCGCCGAACAACAACUGUCCCUCGCUCAACAACAAACAAAAAUAAAUCUUCAAUCUUGAAAAUUUCGGCACAACCCAAAAAAUAAAAUUGUGAUAGUGUAAAGCAUUUUGAAAAAAAUGCCUCCUGCUGAGAUCCAGUAUUCGGAUAAGUAUUUUGAUGACAAGUAUGAGUAUCGACACGUCAUAUUACCUCCAGAUCUUGCCAAAGUCGUUCCUCGUACACAUCUCUUAACAGAAACGGAAUGGCGCAAUCUAGGUGUGCAGCAAUCUCCUGGGUGGAUUCAUUACAUGUCGCACAUUCCGGAGCCUCAUAUUCUAUUAUUCCGGCGGCGACUCCAGCCUGGUGAUAAUAAUAAUGACGCUCAGUCAACGACAACUUCAAUGGUAACUGCAACGGCUGCUGGAAACUAGGUAUCGUCGUAAUAAUGAGGAACUGACCGUUAUUACUGAUCAAGACAGCUUUAUCGAAAACUUAAUGAUCUGACUCAUUCAAGGACUUAUCGUAAUGCAUUCUACUACUGCCACAGAAAUCUAUUAUGUAAUCAAAUCAUGCGUUAGAUGACUUCAGUAAAAAUGUGAUGGGGUAAUAUAAAGUCAUUUUUUACGUUUACAGGUUUAUGUAUUUAAGUAAGUUAGGCCAAGUUCUUCUGUAUGCUAUAAAAAUGCGAAAUAUAGAUAUGAUUCAGAUGACGAUUCGUCUUGUAUAGCUUCUCAAAUAAGUCGAUAGGUACUAAAAAUGGUGCAGAGAGAAGCAUUUAAUAGGAAUUAAUACAAUAAGAGACUGGUUUAAUAAACUUAUUCAUUGACCAUGUUAUAA